CUACUUUCAUAGUAUCACAUCUUUUUCUUUUUCAUGUUUUCUUAGAAUAAAGGAACCUUAUAGAAAUGUUUCUAUUAUUAAUGUCACUGUGAUUGUGUCUGUAGUGUGUGCUCUGUGUUACAGCGGUACUGGGUCAGAAUGGUUGGUCAGUGACUUACACUUCCACUCACAUCUGCGCCUUAAAAGGAUCAACAGUGGACAUAGACUGCAGCUACAGUUACCCAAAUGAUAGGAACCGUGGAAUCAUGGUUCAGGAAAGAUUUUGGUUUAUUAGAAAUGAGUAUUAUGGGCCAGUGGAUUUGAGAACAGACCCAGACUACAGUCACCGAAUUAAGCACCACUUUCAUGAGAACGACUGCACUCUGAGGAUCACAGAUCUGAGAGAGAGAGACUCAGCAGAGUACAAGUUCAGAUUUAUAACAAAUCAGUCAGAUGGAAGUUAUACUGGCUCACCUGGAGUCACUUUGACUGUCACAGACCUGCAGGUGAAGAGAGGAAAAUCAUCAGCCCACACAGAGCUGCAGUGUCACAGCAGCUGUGAUGUAAUUGAUCCUCCAUCAUAUGUUUGGUACAAAAAUGGACAGAAAAUAAAAGAAGAAGCAUCUUCUCUGAGAGUCUCUGUUGGAGAUGAUGACAGCAGCUAUUCCUGUGCUAUUAAAGGACAUGAGGGUUACCGCUCUGCUGCAGUGUAUGAUCCAAAGCCUCCCUCUGUGUCAGUGAGUCCGUCUGGUGAAAUCAAGGAGGGCAAUUCAGUGACUCUGACCUGUAGCAGUGAAGCUAACCCAGCAGCUACGUAUGUCUGGUACAAGAGGAACAGCCAACCACUCAGCAAAAACCCACAGCUCAUCCUCAGCUCCAUUCAGUCCUCUGACUCUGGACAGUAUUACUAUGCUCCAAAGUUUGUGUCAGUGACGGUGAGCCCUUCUAAUGAAUUCAGAGAGGGCGGUGCAGUGACUCUGACUUGUAGCAGUGAUGCUAACCCAGCAGCUCAAUACUCCUGGUACAAGAAGAAUGGACAAAAACCUCUGAGUAAUGAACGGCAGCUCUCCUUCAGCUCCAUCCAGCCCUCUGACUCUGGAGAGUAUUACUGUACAGCUCAGAACAAAGUGGGGAGGAAGAGAUCUGAAUCUACCUCCAUUGAUGUCAAAUGUGGGUGA